UUGCCAUCACAGCACGUGACGGACCGGUACAGCCAAUCUGCAAAAUGCGCAGACCAUCCUAGCCCCAGAAUCUGAAUGUGGCUGCAAUAGCGCAAUAUAAAUACUGCUUAAAAUGCAGCGCUUUCUCUCGGUCGUGAGAAAAGCUCAGGGUUGCAGCGGUACAUUCGCCUUUUUCUUUUCAUAACUAAAGACAUCAUCCAUUUUUUUCUUUCAAGCUUUAAGUAUUUCUUAGGCCAGUUGCAUGCAUUGUUCGUCUCCAAAAAUGGUUUGCGAGACUAAAAUUGUUGCGGAUGAACACGAUACCAUACCUGGGACCAAAAAAGAUUCAAUAAUCGUUUCGUCUUCUCAAAUGUGGACUUCUUCUUCGUCAUCCCCGAAUACUCUCGAGGGAAAAGAUGUGAGAAAAGAUACAGUGUUCAUCCGUGAAUUUGAGCGCUCGGACCAUGUGGAAGUCCGGCGCAUCUUUUAUGAAGGGAUAAUGGAACGGAUACCCAAUACGGCUUUUCGGGGGCUAAAACAUCAAACUCAAACGCAAAUCCUGUAUGCUUUCCUGACACUAAUGUGCUUUGUUGUGACCAAAUCCUUCACGCUGACCUGCUGCACGCCAUUCAUUCUAAUGGGCGCGCGGUACUACUUCAGUAGGAAAGUUAUCCUCAGCUAUCUCGAUUGCGCACUACAAACGGACAUGGCCGACAUUGAAGAAUAUUACAUGAAACCUACAGGUUCCUGCUUUUGGGUAGCAGUGCUGGACGGCCGGGUGGUGGGCAUCGUGGCGGCGCAGGGCAAGGAGGACGACAACGCGGUGGAGCUGCGGCGCAUGUCGGUGGACUCGCGCUUCCGGGGCAAGGGCAUCGCCAAGGCGCUGGGCCGGCGGGUGCUGGAGUUUGCCGUGCUCAACAACUACUCGGCCGUGGUCCUGGGCACCACCGCCGUCAAGCCGGCCGCCCACAAGCUGUACGAGUCGCUGGGGUUCCGGCGCGUUGGCGGCAGCGAGGAGUACACGCUGCCCGGCAUGAGCCACUCGCCGCUGGAGAGAAUGUUCUUUCAGAUCCGCCACCACCGCUACCGCCUGCAGCUGCGCGAGGAGUAGAGGCGCUGUCCGCCGCGACCCCGAGAUCCGCCCUCCUCCUCCACCAACUUAUUUAUUUUAUUUUUUAAAAAUAAUAAUAAUAAUAAUUAUUAUUACGAUUCACCUUAACCACUAACUUUUUAUUAUUUGUUAUUCAUUAAGUUUUUUUCUUGUUUUUAGAAUG